AAGUCAAAAUAUUAAGCAAACGCACUUGAAGCUCCAGCUAAAUUUUUCGCUUUAUUUAAUUCACACAAAAUUAAAGUUUAUUUCCUCACGAUAAUUAUUUUAAACUAUUUAAUUCGAAUUAAACAUUAUUUCUUUACAACCUAACACAUUAAAAUUUUCAAAUGGCUAGCUCCUCCAGACCUGACGCUACGAAUAAAGUAUGCUGCUAUGCACAUCCCGAUGCACCUCUUAUCGAAGAUUAUCGUGCUGGUGAUAUGAUUUGCUCUGAAUGUGGUCUUGUUGUUGGUGAUCGCGUAAUCGAUGUUGGUUCGGAAUGGCGUACAUUUAGCAAUGAAAAGAGUGGUGUUGACCCGAGUCGUGUUGGUGGGCCAGAAAAUCCACUUCUUAGUGGAGGUGAUUUGUCGACUAUUAUUGGACCGGGAACUGGGUCAGCAUCGUUCGAUUCUUUCGGAGCACCCAAAUAUCAGAAUAGACGUACUAUGAGCAGUUCGGAUAGAUCACUGAUAUCGGCAUUCAAGGAAAUAUCAACUAUGGCAGAUCGUAUUAAUCUGCCAAAGACAAUUGUCGAUCGUGCAAAUAAUCUUUUUAAACAGGUACAUGAUGGUAAAAAUCUUAAAGGGCGUUCAAACGAUGCGAAAGCCUCGGCAUGUCUUUAUAUAGCUUGUCGCCAGGAAGGUGUACCACGUACUUUCAAAGAAAUAUGUGCUGUUAGCAAAAUAAGCAAAAAAGAAAUUGGCAGAUGCUUUAAGCUCACAUUGAAGGCCUUAGAGACAAGUGUAGAUUUGAUCACUACCGCAGAUUUUAUGUCCAGAUUUUGUGCAAACUUGGAUCUUCCAAAUAUGGUGCAACGUGCUGCAACACAUAUUGCAAAGAAAGCUGUUGAAAUGGAUAUUGUUCCUGGACGUUCACCAAUUUCAGUUGCUGCAGCAGCUAUAUACAUGGCCUCACAGGCUUCAGAGCAUAAGCGCAGCCAAAAAGAAAUUGGUGAUAUUGCUGGAGUUGCAGAUGUUACGAUCCGGCAAUCAUAUAAACUUAUGUAUCCACAUGCAGCGAAGUUGUUCCCUGAAGACUUUAAAUUCACAACACCAAUUGAGCAGCUGCCGCAAAUGUAAAUAUUUUCUUUUUCACCACCUGAAUAACUAUAAUAUUUUUAACAAUAACACUGUGUAUGUAUUUGUAAGGAAGUUUUUAUUUUCAUUUCGUAAUUGAUAGAGAAUUAAGUUGUAACAAUUGCAGCAAAUAUACAGUUCAAAUAUUCGCUACAAAAUAAAGAAUGGAUUUGUUGUUUACUAAA